AUAAACAAAAAUAACCACAUCAAUCGAGUUGAAUUUGGAGUUCAUCGCCCAUCUUUUCCACAUAAAACUGGAGUACUACGGCGCAUUUUGAACUUUGCACUGUGCAAAGAAUAGCGAGUACGUGGCACGUGAGUAAGGAAACCCAGCGUGUAUUGUAUUGUAAAAGAUAAUGAUAUAUUUUCGUGCAAUAAGUGAAUAACCUAGCACACAAAAAUAAACGGCAAACGGAACUUCCCGCAUGAAAAUGGCAUUUAUCGCCUUGUAUCAUGGUCGUAGCGCGUCGAGUCGCGUACGAUUGUUUAGCAUACCGCCAUAUGUACGAAUUUACCGCAUGUCAAGCGACAACAGGCGAGAAGAUGCUGCGAGUAUCUUGGCGGGUUAUCAGGGACGUGAUCACGAGUUUACAGAACACAGGUCGUCCGUAGUCCAAGUGAAAGCAAGUGAGAUUACAGAGUUCAACAAAAAUGUGAAUGGUAAUGGCAGUGGCAUGCCUUCUUUUGGUAACCCACUACAAGAUACUCAGGGACCGUCCACUGACGUAUGCUCUCAUACCCACGAGGAUACAAUCUGUGAUGCUCACAGUCCUCUUAAUCUCAGUAGCUGCAUGCAGAGCAAUGUUCCUGAACCCUACAAUACUACACCGACCCACCUGAACAUGCCAGGAGGAAUGGCAUCCCAGACCUCCAAGUAUUUCAACAGCAACAGGCACACGGCAACGAACCCGUACAAGAACGGCAAAAAAGAUUUCUCCACCCUUGCGGCAAUGGCUUCCAAACUGCAGGUCAAAAGCUGGCCGCUGAGAGAAAGAAGGUAUUUGACAUCAUCGCCUGGUGACAAAUCCGGAGGAAUUGGCAGCAGUGGAGUGGCAGGAGGAGGUGGAGGAGGACUUAAUCGGGUCAGUCUCCAGGGUGUGCAAGGCAUGGACGAUGACUGUUGCUAUAAGAUCUGGAAGGAGAACUGCAUCAAAUACCAUCUACCAAACUGUGAUGAGCAGAUUCAGGCCGUGCAGUCUGGUCGAAAGACGCUGGAGGAGAUUUUUGAAGAGCAGGAUCGUAUUAUUCGCCAAAUGGAGCUGGAGUACAGCAAGCAAGGAGCAGCCGGUGUCGCAAGUAAGUCGGAAGGGGACGGCAAACAGCUGACAGGCCAGCAGAAGCUACAGCAGGCGGUUAAGGAUUACGGAGCGACUGUGCUUGUGUUUCACGUUACCCAGUGCCUAGCUUGGUUGGGUCUCACAUACCUCGCGAUAUCCAGUGGUCUAGACGUUGUUGGCAUCAUGGCAAAGCUUGCAUUGGCAGAGUCUGUUCUGCAGUCAAAGCUGGUCACCGGUGGCGGUACCUUUGUCAUCGCUUAUGCCAUAUACAAGGUGUGUUAUGCCUGCACGAAGUAGCUAUCACCGUUGCAGCGACACCGUUUAUCCGUGCGAUACCUGAGGCAAGUUGGCUGGCUAAAAGUGCGCGUGAAUGCCACCUCCCGAAGAAGUAAGAGUCUGCUGGGCCUGCAGAGGAAUAUUGAUUUGGCGUUGAAAUAUAUAUGUGCAUGAAACCAUUGUUCGGCGCUUUCAAGGAGGACAAAUAUAUAGACCAUUAUGUAUUG